AUGUACUUUUCGGGCGAAGAUAGUAACAAUAUUACGUAUGAUGACCCCGCAAAUAAAUGCAUUAGGAUUAAUCCAUCAUUAUAUGCUAGGGUUCAAGAUGACAAUGAACAAAACAUAAGGGUCUUUUUAGACACUCACCUUUUGAAAAUAAGAAAUAUCUCACAUAAUCAAAAAUUACCUACGUUGGAACAUAUAAUAUCCAAGCAUAAUGCUUCAGUUUCUACUGGAUCCACGACUGUGAUGCUGGCACUGAAUUAUGUUACGAAAGCGAUGAUGACGGCAGAAUUUAGAGAGAUCAGUAGUGAUGAGUUCAAAAACACAUAUUUGGCUCCUCUUGAUAUGGUUAUUAAGGAUUCAAAUCUCAGUAAAGAAUUACUAUCAAGGACGUAUGAUUAUCCUUUGGGAGAUGCCAGACAUGUGGAAGAUGAUAUUCAGAUAUAUUUUGAUGAAGAAAUAGCUAGACCAAUCAAGCGUUUCUAUCGUGACAUCUUGGAUGAAUACCACCAUUUUGGUCAUGCUUCAAUCAUACCCCCGUUUUCGACAAACCCAAACUUUAAACCCGAUAUUGUCCAUGUGUCUUGGGAUGAGGCAUCAACUCGUCAAAAUCCAGAUAUUUGCUUUGCGAUAGGAGAUUAUAAGACAGAAAACUAUUUUUUAACUAAAGGACUUCAAGAAUUGAAAUUAGCUAUAACGGGUUUCGUAGAAAAGCGUUUGAACUUGAAACAAUUGAGACUGCAUGAAAACCAGCACUUAUUUGAAGAUCGAGAAUGGUCGCCUAGAGUUUUAUGCGCAUUAGUUUUAAGAAAAUAUCUUUAUCAAGCCUUUCUCUGUGGGACAGACAGAGUGUUUAUCUCAGAUCAUCAGUCAUUUUCGGGGUUUUUCAAAUAUGAGAUUAUGGAUGAUGGAAAAAUGAUCAUAGACUACUAUGUUAUUAAUGAUCCCGAGACUGUGGAACAUGGCAUAACUCUAAGGUCAGCGAUAGCAGGCUUUUUCUAUAAGGAUAAUACAGAGGCGCUCAGUACAAAAGAGAAAUUCGCAGGACUAAUUGAAAUAAGUCAGAAGACCAAAGGACCAGAUCCAUUAGCGAAUGUGCUUCCUCGACUUGUGGAAGAACCCACACCAAGUCGUAAACAUAAACGUAGCAAGAUGUCUGGGAAUCAACUUCGAAAACGAUUGGUAACUAUAGAAGAAAGCAAUGAAGUCGACUUUGAUGCCAUUCGAGGUAACACAUUUUGUCGCAUAAUAUAUAACCCUGCUGCAUCUUUUCCUAAUUUGGGAUUACUGCUUCCGUCCACAGUCUUUGUUAAAUGGUACAACUAUCCUGAGCAGGCUCAAGAAAAUUUUCCAGAUAAAGAUAGUUACUACGACAUGUACGUCAAUGAGCUUGAAAUUAAUGAGAUGCUUGCGAAUUCGUCGUUUGCUGCAAACUUCACAAAGCUUAUAGUUUCUGGAUACUGGAAUGGUAUUCCAAGCCAGCCGAUGCAUAUAUUUGAAGAUUUGGGAGAAGAAAUACCAUCUACUGAAUGGGAUAAAUUUGGGGUGCAUAAAGUAGUUAAGGAGAGACUUGAGGAAAUUCAUCUGUUGGGAAUUUCGCAUAAUGAUAUAAGGCUCGACAAUAUACAUGUUUCAAUAUCGGGAAGGGUCACUUUGAUAGAUUUUGGGUUGGCUUUUUAUCCAAGUAGUGAAGAGCAGAAAAAAAGAGACUUUGAAGCCCUUGAUGAGCUUGUCCCAAUUACUGGUUAUGGGAUUUCUGGGGAGGAUAAAAUACGCGAUGUUGUCUUGGCUAAAAACGAAAAUAAUGAAAGUGGAUGGAAUGAUCAUGCAAAUUCCAGUGACGAAAUAGUCUUUGACGAACUGGUUUUAGAGUCUGAUGACACCCCAGGGUCUACUAAGGUUGAUUUCAAUUCGAAAUAUGAUGAAACUUGA